GACAGACAAGCGAAGCAACUGCCCCAUAUGAAUCAGUUCUGCCGAAGAAACCGGUUUGUAAACACGCACCACCGGAACGCGCGCGGUUGUCUCCUCCUCGUGGGGAAAUUCUUUCCCAAAGGUUUCUCUCCCUCGCAUCGACUCUCAUUUCUCUCAACUGCUCGCUCAGCCAGCGAGCGGCCGGCUUGUUGCGCAUUCUGCGGUGGUGGUGGCACACAAGUCGAACGAUCGAUCCCCCAAGCGCACAAAGCAGAAGAUCAUCUCAGUCUCAGACGCCGCGCCGGACCGGAGCACUUGAUCUUGGUCGUCGUCGUCGUCGUCGGAUGUUGGAAGAAGUCGCCGUCUCUGCGUCGGUCGGUCAGGUUUAAGUUGCGCUUCAAAUGAAAAUAAGUGAAUAAUUGAACGCGGCCAGUUGAAAAGGAAGUGAAGAUUGUGCAGUGUGAGUGUUCAAGGUAUCUUCUCUCCGCUGCUGAAAGAAUGUCGGAAUGCAACGGGUGGUCACUGCGGCGGCGGCGGCAGUCGACAGGAGGCUAAGCGUACUGAAGGACCGGUUGUGUGACGACGACGGUCAGCUUCUCCCGUGAGUGUGACACUUUACCGAAUGACGACGGUACAUCUUCGACGGAUAAAAACUCGGUCAAGCGCGCGACGACGGUGGCUUUUUUGGGUGAAAACGCAUAUUAUUGGAAGCGCAAAGUGCGCAUGCAUGCGGCUCCUCUGAAGAAGCGCUAGCGCGAGUGUGUGUGCGACAGCAGCGUAUCGGUUGGUCGGUCGGUGAGUGAUAAGGCCGCGUCAGGUGCGUCGAAAACAAAAAAAAAAAAAAGUUUGGCAUUAGGAAUCAGGGGAGGCUAAAGUCCCGGGAUUCGUUAUCUGAGGGUCGCACGAAAAUCGGGGGCUUACGCGUCACUCGCUCAAGGUGUGAGCCGAAUUACGUAGUCAGCGCCAUCAAUGCAGCAGCAGCAGCAGCACCAGCAAAAGACGCAAUACAGAGUGGUGUGCAGUUGAAGUUUUGCUUGCCUUUCGGAAAAUUACCGACCUGGGGCCCGGCAUCGACGAGAAGUGUGAUUAUUGCUUUUUUUUACUUGUGUCUAUCUACUGUAUCGACGGGGUUCCUUCAGCACUACACACUGCACGGGGCGCAAAGAGGCGAUUAGGCGGAAUAUGAGCCAUGGAAAAACCGGCAUCCACGGCGAGGCAUUUCCAGCAGUGAGCUAUGCAGGAGACCUAACAUGAUACUUCCCAUCGAUCAGCGGCGUGGUUCAGCAGCAGCAACGUGGUUGUCUUCCUCCUGGAUUCCCCAGCCACCGUCAGCAACAGCCCCAGCAGCAGCAAAGGCGCCAGGUGCCAAAUGGAACUACCACCGGCAUCAGUGUUACUACAGUUUUUGUCCGCUAAAAACCUUCUACCGCAAAGAGAUUAUCAAGAUCCGAUUCCGAUCCGGCAGCAACAGCAGCAGCACGUUCGGUACGGAUCAGGUGUGACGAGUUGUGGUUGUGAUCUAGUGUCUAGUUGUUACUCAAAAGUGAUUCGGUUUAGUUGAGAGUGUGUCCAGUAGUGAGCAGUGGGAGUGUGCAGUGUAGUUUAGGUUAAUCUUAGCAAUAUAGGUAGAAUAAUGUCCCAGCGGAAGAAGAUCCUGUACGGGCUGUUUGGGAUCAUCAUCGGGCUGUGCGUCGGGGCUCUCUUCCGGAACUAUCGGACGCUGGAGAUUGUCAGCAUGUGCAACUCGAUCAACAGCAUGAAGCAGAAAUCUGCCCUGGAAAUCAUCGGCCUGCAUCCAUCGGAGACCCCGGAGAACUCGCAGCGCAAUCUGGUGUUUGUGGGCGUCAUGACUGCCAAAGAUUUCCUCCAGAGCCGGGCCCGGGCGGUGUACGAUACCUGGGGCAAGACCAUUCCCGGCCGGAUCGCGUUCUUCAGCUCGGAGGAAUCCGUUGCGGAUGAUCUCCCGCUGGUAGCCCUCAAGGGCGUAGACGAUCGAUACCCACCCCAGAAGAAGAGCUUCAUGAUGUUGCACUACAUGUACGAGCACUACAUCGACAAGUUCGAGUGGUUUGCCCGGGCCGACGACGACGUGUUCAUCCGGACGGACAAGCUGGAAAAGUUCCUACGCUCGGUGGACAGCGCCAAGCCGCAGUUCAUUGGGCAGGCCGGCCGCGGCAACAGCGAGGAGUUCGGCCUACUGUCGCUGGAGUUCGACGAGAACUUCUGCAUGGGUGGACCCGGAGUGAUCAUGAGUCGCGAAACGCUGCGAAGAGUGGCUCCUCACAUUCCAACCUGCCUCAAGAACCUCUACAGUACCCACGAAGACGUCGAAGUCGGCCGAUGUGUUCAAAAGUUUGCGGGAAUACCGUGUACCUGGAACUAUGAGAUGCAAUCCAUUCUGCACCACAACAGCAGCGGAAGCCGUGCCUUUUCCGGCAACCUCAAAAACAAGGAAGUCCACAGUGCCAUUACGCUGCAUCCGGUCAAGAAGCCCGCUUUCAUGUACCGACUGCACGCCUACACUCUAGGGCUCAAGGCCCAGGAACUCCGUCAGCAGUCCCUGAUGCUGCACAGGGACAUUGCCCAGAUGACGGCCCUGCUGCAGAUCCCUCGGAUCAACAAAAACCUCGCACCGGGCGUUCCGAUCUUCCCGUCGGACGAAACAAGCGCCGACUACCUGGGGGAUCAUUCCAUCUUAGGUUCGACGCCAGAUCUCAACCGGCACCGGCCGUCACACCUGGACGAGAUCAUCGAGUGGGAUUUCAUCGCCAAGAGCCUCUACUCGGGGAUGCAUCCGAAUCCGAAGCGCAAGAUUGAAUCGUCACUCAAGGAGGGACUGAACGAUGUCGUUCGAGAGAUCAUGGAGCACAUCAACAAUUUCUCGCGCCAACGGGGACGAGUGAUCGAGUUCCGAGAGCUGCUGUAUGGGUACAUGCGCGUCAACAGUCUCUACGGACAGGAUCUGAUCUUGGAUUUACUGCUGGUGUAUAAGAAGUACCGCGGGAAGAAGAUGACCGUUCCGGUGCGAAGGCAUCUCUACAUUCAGCGAUCGUUCACGGACAUACGGGUUCGGGAGAUCACCAGGGACGUUGUUCCGGCUCUUGCGGUGACCCUGGACAGUCGGCUACCAGUUGGAAGCACCCGGCCGUUCGACAACAGCACUGGAUUAGAUCGCAUGCGAUCGUUCCUCAACAGCGGAUGGGAACGCCUCUCGGACUCGUUCGCCAUCAGCAAUCCUCCGAUGAUCGAGAUGCCAAAGGAUCGCAUCGUUUUCAUUAUUCCGCUCGCUGGUCGACCGGAAACCUUCAUGCGAUUCCUCCGCAACUUCGAGCAGGUUGCCCUCAAGCAAGACCUCCGGGCGGAUCUUCUCGUCUCGCUCUACGUUGAUUCGUCCGAUUCGUCUCUCCUAACCAACCUCCUCGAUCAUCUCCGCGUCCGGUACCCGCAGAACCGCAUUAACUAUCUGCAACUUCAAGGGAACUUCUCACGCGGAGUAGCCCUCGACCGUGCCAUCAAGAGUCCGUUCUGCAAGCAGGACGACAUCUUGUUCUUCAUCGAUGUCGAUAUGAUCUUUACUCAACGGACGCUCGAUCGGAUACGAGCCAACGUCAUCCGCAACCGCCAGGUCUACCUUCCGAUCGUAUUCAGCGAGUACGAUCCUCACCCGGAGUCGCUCGGCCGACUCUACCAAGACCCAGGCUCGAAACCCAUAACCACGGAGCAUCUCUUCCUCUCCACCCACGAUCAAAACUUCUCAUCCAAUUACCCCAUAACCAACACCAACGGAUACUUCCGGCAGUUCGGUUACGGCCUAGCCGGCAUCUACAAAUCCGACAUCCUCCGGCCCGACCUCGACGGCUUCAACACCGACAUCACCGGGUGGGGCCUGGAGGACGUGAAAUUCCUCGAAACUAUAAUCGCUGCCAAUCUGAAAGGGACCCAACGGCUGCUGGAUGUGGCCGAUGGUCGCGUGGAUCCGUUCCAGGAUCCGCACAAACCGCUGCAGCAGGAGCUGGUGGUAUUCCGUGCGCCGGACCCGUCGCUGGUGCACAUCUUCCAUCCCAUCAAUUGUGAUAGAAACCUCGAAGAAGCACAGUACAAGAUGUGCCUCGGAACGAAAGCCAAUACUCUCGGGAGCUUCCGGACGCUGGAGGAGCGCUUCGUCCACGACCGGGAGCUGCUGCUGUUCGGGCGGAGGGCCCGGGGGAGCCGAUAGCGAUAGCUUGAUGGGGGGGAAUCGGGGAGUUUUAGUCAAUAAGCCUAGAUAGAUGUGGGAUUAUCUACGUGUAAGAUAGUAGAAAUUAAUAAAUUUUAAAGUAUUUU